GACGCCCCUUUUCCAGGUGGCUUGCUUAGAGUUGCUGGGUAAAAGCAAAUUAUUGGUUCAGCGGAAUUAAGGACCUUUUUUUCCUCAUCGGUUGGAUAAGCUGGCCUAAAAGAAAAGAGUGAUUGGAUUUGACGUGUGGGAGAGGGCUGGAGUAUUUAAGUACGGUGUUUGGCGUCGCAGCUCUCUCUACGUUGGUUAUCAUUUCUUCGACUUCUCUAUACGCGAAACCGUUACUUGCACAAGUCGAAGUCAGGACCCAUGACAUCCGAUCAGGCCUUGCAUAGACCGUCAAUCUCGAGCGACUUGCCUUGUCCCAUGGAUCUGUCAAUUUCACCCCCCAACUCCAAACACACAGCCGAGGCCGAGUUCCCCUUCACGAGCUUGCCCUAUGAGCUUCGGCAGCAUGUUUAUCACUGGAUCUGGCUCCAGAACCCACUUGAUCCUCAAAGAUUAAACCCGAAAACGGAACGAGGAACUAUUUCUCUCAGAGCUCGUUUUCGGGAGGACCCCCUCUUCCUUCACUUCUUGGAAUCGACGCUGUAUAUCACCGAGGCCGUUCGAUCCGAAGAAAAAGACAACGCCAAACGCGGCACAGUGCAGCAGCCUAAGACGGGCGAGAAUAAAGAAGAGCCCCGAUUGUUGUCGCCAUAUCGUCCUGCGUGCUAUCUUCCCGCGGCUCUGCUCCGCUGCAGCAAGCAGGUAUAUCGGGAGGCUCGGGAGGUUCCAUUUCGGAAGAAUGAAUUUUGCUUUCUGAACCGGUGGUCGUCGGGCCUGCUGGCCGCUUGGAGAACCGCCUCUCGGCUCGCGCCAUGGCAGCUGUCCGUCUUGCGUCAAGUCCACAUUGAGCUCACGCUCCCGUGUCCGUACAAGUGGAUCGAGCUCUGCCGCUUCUUCUCUCGUGGGUUGUGGAGGCUGCGACUUCGAGUUACUUUGGCCAGUAGGGAAUACUGGGAGCUCGUGAGAUCUGGUUCUCUCUUCCUGGGCCAUGUGGACGCAGAGCAAAAGACGCUGUAUACACCUAUGAGGAGGGAACUGAACGUUCCCGAAUUCUUUGGUGCGCAACCUCCGUGCAACUUGGGUCAUGAAUUGGCGUUGGUCAAAGGCGGCCUGCGCGGCCUGUAUUCGUUGCGGGUGCUCGAAAUCGAAUUAUCGAAUUUCCCUUGGAGCGACGACGAGAAGCUCUCGUGGUGCUCUGCUCUGCAGGCUGAUCUCAACCUCCGCAGAGAAGGCACAGGUGCACCCCCCGUGACAGUCACCUACGUCUCGUCGGUAGAUCCCGAAAGUUCGACUGACAGUGGCCACGAGAUGACAUUGGAUGUACUAAACACAUCCCUUUUACACCGCGCGCUCAUGAACGGGGUUCUGACAAGGGUUUGUUGAAGCGGAAACGAAGCAGGAGACGAGGCUAUCAGUUCUCAGUCACCCCCUUUUCGACGCAGAAUUCCUUGCCCUGGGUGGCUCAAAAAUAUGGAGGUUCUCAUGUGUAUUGUUGAGGUCCUUUGGU